AUGCUGGUGUGUGUAGACUGUCCCCACUUUGCAGUGGGAGUGCUGGUGUGUGUGGACUGUCCCCACUUCGCAGUUGUGAGCGCAGGAGUGUGUGGACUGUCCCUGCUUCGCAGUGUGAGCGCAGGAGUGUGUGGACUGUCCCCGCUUCGCAGUGUGAGCACAGGAGUGUGUGGACUGUCCCUGCUUCGCAGUGUGAGCGUAGGAGUGUGUGGACUGUCCCCGCUUCGCAGUGUGAGCGCAGGAGUGUGUGGAAUGUCCCCACUUCGCAGUGUGAGCACAGGUGUGUGUAGACUGUCCCCACUUCGCAGUGGGAGUGCUGGUGUGUGUGGACUGUCCCCACUUCGCAGUGUGAGCGCAGGAGUGUGUGGACUGUCCCCGCUUGGCAGUGUGAGCGCAGGUGUGUGGGCUCUGCAUGGCUGUGUAUAA